UAGCUAGGCCAUGUAAGUAAAAUCCAUCCUGGGCAAUGCAAACCCAAACACUACAGUACUAGCUACCAUAUUAUUCAUCACUCUCUUGCCUUCUCUUCAUCAUCUACUACCUACCAAUAUUUCAUCUAAAAUCCAUCCUGGUUUAAUAUUCUCUCUCUCCCCUUCAUACAUAAUAGAGAGAGAGAGAGAGAAAAGUUAUGGGUAGUAAUUUGAGGAGUAGGAAGGUUUCCUUUUAUGGUUCACUGUUAUUGGUGGGAGUGGUUGGGUUAUUGGUGGUUGGAGCUUUAAAUAUGGAGGAGACUAUGACGAAAGCUCAUCAUCAUCAUCAUCAACGUAGUAGAGAAAGAGAAGGAGGGAGCAUGAGGCAUAUGAGCAUGCAAAAAGAUGAUGAUGAUGAGAAGAAGCUUGCAAGUGUUCAUAAUACAGAUCUCAAUUUCAUGAGCAAAAGAAAGGUUCCAAAUGGACCUGACCCUAUCCAUAACAGAAGAGCAGGAAACUCUCGACGGUCUCCGGGUCGAGUUUAUAGAGGAGAGCUUGACAAGCCAUGAAUGCAUGGUGAGAUUAAGAAGACUAAGCUACCAAGGGAUUAGAAGAUCUUAACUUGUAUGUAUUUACUCAAAAAAAAAAAAAUGGGACUAUAUACAUACAACUUGUUCUACUAACAUUGUUGGGUAAGUUUAGCACCAUGCAUGCAAGAAAGACGUUAUAGAUUUUGGGAUAGCUCUGUUGAACAAAGAACCCGAGAAAUUUUCCAGGGAAAUACAGUGCAAAAGUCGAGACUUAGCGUGCUUGAAAACUCACAAUACACAACUAACACCAAAGAUCGCGAAAAAAGUUAGACAUCCACGUGGCGCAUUCCUUGAGUCGAAGGGAUGGAGGGACAAAGUUGCAGAGUGAUACCUAAAUUUGACGAGAAUCUUGAUUUUUAAUAGCGCAGGAUAGUUUUAUGUAUAUAAAAUUAUUGUUCGUUUUGUAAUUUGUUGGUGUUGUGACAAGUGUGAGAGUAUAAUUUAGCAGCCAUGCAUGCAUUAAUUAGUAGGAAUCUAUGCUUGUCAAUUAUAUUAACAAGUAGCUUUUAGGUUUGUAGUAAAGGGAAUGUUUAUUCUGAUCUGAUGGUGCAUUUUGUUAAGAAA